AUGGAAAGGAAUGGUCUGCCACAGGUCUCCAAGGCCUCCAAGAUCGCUAAGGCAUUCAAGUUCAUAGCAACACCGAAGGGCUCGUUGCAAUCACACCACCACAGCGACCAAGACAGUCUACAUGGAGAUGACAGCCACCAGGAUAAUAUCCAUGAGGAAGAAUUGGCCUUAGUUGACUAUCACAACUUUGUUUAUGGUACCAAUAGUCUCAAGAGCAAGGAAAACCUCAGCUGUGGCUCCACCACCCAGUCCUCUAUGUCGACUUCUCCCUAUGGCAGUGCUGCUGAUACCAUAUUAGAUGGUCCAGAAACGCAUGAGGCUGCUAUCAAGUCCAAGUCAAGCAAGCAAACUGGAACCCCAGAAGGUCAAAAUGGCAAACACGUGGCUUUGGACUUGAAGGAAGCUCACCCUGUCCUGCCUCACAAAGGCUCCCUCAGGGCUCUGAGAUCCAAGCAGUCCCAGUUCUUCCGCGAGAAAGGCCACCAUCGUCUGGCUGAGCUAUUCGAGAAGUCUGGAACCCAAAAGGCAACGUUCAGUCAUCAAUCACCUGCGGCUGAAGAAAUGCCCACAACAUCUAUCUCGACGCCAUUGCCAACAUCGGCUCUGGCUGCGACCCCGAGUCUUGUCACUUCAAGCCUAUCGGGCACGUCUGUGCUCUCUGGCCGUUCAACUUCCCAAUCAAGUCUGGCGAACACUGUGCAAAGUACAGAUGUUAUCAUGGCUCAUGAGCCACUUUCCUGUCCGGUCUCACCGCAACAGCAGCCACCUCCUGACAGGCCUCUGCCGUAUACAGCCUCCGAUGCCUCGGUCCCGUCAUCGACGAUCACACAAUUUCCUCAGACAAGGAGCAUGAUAAAGUGUGAUAUAAUUGACAAUGAGACCGAAAUGGAUGAGACCGAUGGCUCCUCUACGGCCUCCCUGCAUAAGGCCUCCCCAGAGGCUAUCACUCCUGACAAACAGCGCUUACCAAGCAUGAUUUCACAGGAAAAUAGCAUGGACGUGAUGGAGGGCAGGCGUGGCUCCAAGUCUGUCAAGUCAAUCAAGGCCAAGCGUCGAUCACUGCGCAACAAGGUCUCUACUCUGUUUGGCGAGCAGCCUGCUGCUUCUCAGGCCUCUGAUUACAGCAAUGCGUCAACGUCCAUCUUGACCUACCGUCCCAUAUCUCUCAAAUCACACGAGUCGGAGGCCAUCUCCUUUUCUGACAUGUUUGACAAUAUCUGCAGUGCCUCUCGCACUUCAGGCGCUUCUUCUUCUUCUCACUCGGCACUGCCUUCCAUGUCGUCCAUGCCGCGAAGGACGACGAGUGCUGAAACAUGUGUUGAUGGCUCGCGCAACUCAGCCGACGCGUCUCUCAUCCCAGCGCGCUCUUCGACGACUGUUUCAUCUCAUGGGAUUGCUGAUCGUCGGUCUAACGGCGUCUCUCAGAAUUCUAUGACUGAUCCCAGCGAUAUCAGACGAGCAUCCGCAUCUACAGAGCCUGGUGCGCGAGCCGUCGGCCGCUCCUCAUACCAGUGUAGUGGAAGGGGGACGCACUCUACCCAACAGCAGUCGCGGGAGGACGCAGCUAACCGUCUAGCUUCUCGACUAGGUGUCACAGACCAGGCCUCUCGAGAGGCCAUAUUGACAGCCUUGACCAUUAUUCCUGUACCUCCUCUUGCUGAUCACCCAGCCCUUCGAGGCGAGGGUGCUGCUCUGCAGGCUCGAUCGGGCGUGCCCAAUAACGUCCAUGUUCCUUCGUCGGCUGAGGAUCCCGUGACCCUCAACGUCCGCCGCCAGCGACCUACACAGGUCGCAGUCGCCACUCGGCGCGCGUCUCGUUGGACUACGGUAUCUACUGAUCUUCAAAGGGGGUACACAUCGCAAAAUCCAGUGACGGUCCCCGAUGCGACCCAGGCCAAGAUUGCCGAGGGCGACGUAGAUCCGGAACCUGCCUUCGACCGCACCGUCGACCUGGUCUGGUAUCGCUACGCCAAACAGACGAGAGAGCAUGUUCAUACGGGGACUGUUCCAUUUCUUCCCGACAUCUUCCAGUACGUCCGCACGGCCUUUUUGGUCCAGCACUCUCGUGGACGGCAGACAACCAGAUUCGAUGGUCUGAAGCGGUUCCGGUACUUUGACCUGCCUGCCAGGAUCCGCUUCAAGAUUAUGGAGAUGCUUCUCGAGGACCAUCUCCCUGGCAAGCCAGUUCUGCUCAAUGCCAAGUCCCAAGCAUCGCCCGCAUGGCCUCAGGACUCGUUCGCCUCGCUCUGGGAUGUCCUGGGACUCCUUCAGAACUACAUCUGGGCCUGUCCUCAUCUACGAGCAGACGUCAUGGCCGCUGUGUUCAUAACGCAGCCCUUUCACGUCAUCUUCAGCCCCUAUGUGAAGGCCUUGACGCAGCCACUGCCGACCAAGUGGCUGUUUGAGUAUGCUUCGUUCCUGCAGGAUGUCCGUGUCGAGCUGGACAUGACCAAACUCGGGUUUGGUCUCGAGUGGGAGGCCACGGGCCUAGGCCUCCAGCUUUCGUCCAUCAGGCACCUCGUGCAGCACUUUGUGGCAAAGAUGCGCACGCGCUGUCCAAGGCGCAAUCCCAUCGGCUUCCUCACCAUCCAUUGCCGUCGUUAUUUCGGCUACCGCCAGGGCAAAUACCCUUUGACUGGUGACAAACAGCUGGGAUGGGAGCCUGCCAGCCUCCCACCAUCGGCAAACAACCCGCACUCGGGUCAUCGUCGUCACCAUGAAUUCGCACCAAACCGCGUGCCUUUUGUGGAAGAGGGACACAUGGCCGUGGCCGACCCGUUUGUGCAGCUUGCUGGCCGUGUCUGGUCAGUUCGCAUGGUCGGUCUGAGCGAGAACUGGGUUCGCGACAACCAUUACAAGUUCUGGCUCCAGGCCGAGUACGAUGCCCUCCCGGCCAUGAACAAGAAGAGUCACAUUGAUCGAUACACGCCCUCGCGCCAUGCCUAUGCUGCCCCUGGCUAUGCAGUGUACAUGGAUUAUGGCCUUCGAAGCGGCAUUCACAGGUUUCCCCCGCUGCCCGACAGCAAGCAGAUGGUCUGCACCGAGUACGACAUGCAGAAUGAUGUAUUUGUCGAGAUCGGAUCUGGUAAUGUGUUGACCGUGUUUGAGAAUGGGGUCGAGGUCAUUACCCGUGCCAGCCAUCCGCCGGUUCCCAGGGUUGACCUCCCAAUUCCCGGCGGUCCUCCCGUUCCGCUGAGUUCCUUUUAUGAUUCCUUCAAUAUGUGCCCGUCCAGGAUUCCCGGUCCUGCGAGUGGUCCCAUUAGCCCAACUAUGAAGGCCAUGAGGAACGAUACUCCUAGUAAGGCACUCAAGCUGUUGGGCCUGCGGUGUGUGAGCGAUGGCGCCUCAGCGGCUCACCACACUGGUUCCUCACAGAGUGGAGCGAGUGAGGACGAGGACCCUGUGACGCCCACGAGGCACCAGGUCUCACGCGCAUUGGGUCGUGCUCCUCCCCAGACCCAAGGCUCUCGCCUUGUCACUGCCGACAGUGACCGGGUGGGAGAGUCGGCGUCUGCGAAGAGCCAGUCGAGUGCUCCAGACACUGCAAGCUGCCGGAAGCUGUCGACCAAGGAGUCCUUCCUCAGCCUGAUAGGCAGCGGCCGCCGCAAGCCCACAGUAUGA